UGGGGUCCAAGGCUGCUUAUAUAUAAACUCCUUGCUUUCACUUUUUUCACAAACCCUCUUUUCUUAUCCUCUCUCUAACUUAAGAGGAUUAGAAACAUGAGAACAAGAAGAGGACCAUGUUAUCCUCAAAACAUGUGUUCCGAUGUAGGUUUCCCCAAGAGGAAGAACGAUUUGCAUACCCAUAUGCAAAAAGACUCCAUUCUUACCCGGAAAAGGCACCAGAAGUCACCGACCGCCACCUCCGGUGACGACCAUUUUGAGUCCUUACCGGAUGACCUCGUUAUCUCCAUCUUGUCCAAGCUCAGCUCCUCCUCCACUUCCCCUUCUGAUUUUGCCAGCGUUUUGAUAACGUGUAAGAGAUUAAACAGUUUAGGACUCAAUUCUCUCGUGUUAGCAAAAGCCUCUUCGAGAAUUUUCUCGAUUAGGGCUAAAGAUUGGUCGGAAUCGGCGCAUCGGUUUCUCAAACAGUGUGCAGAUGCAGGGAAUGUUGAAGCUUGUUACACUUUGGGCAUGAUUCGGUUCUACUGUUUGCAAAACAGGGGAAGCGGCGCGUCGUUGAUGGCCAAGGCGGCGAUUAGCUCUCACGCGCGUGCUCUCUACUCGCUCGCGGUGAUUCAGUUCAACGGCAGCGGAGGGACCAAGAGUGACAAGGACCUCCGUGCCGGAGUGGCGCUUUGUGCCAGAGCGGCGUUUUUAGGACACAUCGACGCGCUGCGUGAGAUUGGCCACUGCUUGCAGGACGGGUACGGCUGCCGGAAGAAUAUUAUAGAGGGGCGGCGUUUUCUUAUUGAAGCAAACGCCCGGGAGCUCGCCGCCGUGAUGUCCGCCGCGGAUGCUAGGUUGUCAGCCUCCGACGCCGCUGUGAGCCGGUUGGUGACAUGGAGCCUCCACCCGCAGCAACGGCACUUACCGUCGGUGGCGCCGCUGCUGAGCGACUUCGGGUGGAACGUGCCGGAGCCGGAGCCUCACCCGGCGAACCGGUUCAUGACUGAGUGGUUCGCGGCGAAGGAUGAUGUUCCAGGGCCGGGGUUAAGUCUCUGUUCGCACAUGGGCUGCGGUCGGCCGGAGACGAGGAAUCGUGAGUUCCGGCGGUGCUCGGUGUGCGGCACGGUGAACUACUGCUCGCGCGCGUGUCAGGCGCUGGAUUGGAAGCUCCGGCACAAGGUGGAGUGUGCUGCCCCCAUGGAGCGGUUGCUUGAUGAUGACGGCGAUGACGCCGGGGAAGGCGUCGGUGACGGCGAGGUGGAGGUUAUGGAGGAUAGUUAGAGCAAGUUAGACCAUUUUUCCCGAACGGUGACGCCGGAAGGUAACGGUAGCGGUAACGGAAGCAUGUUUGGAACGGAACAAAAGUGAUUUUUUUUUGGUGAGGAGUAAAUAUGGAAUUACAUAGCUGGAAAAUUCCCCCGAAAAAGGAAUGGGAAUAAUUUUCCUUUUUAAACUUUUUGUGCAAUCAUCAGAUCAGAGUUUAACAUUUUUAGAAUUUAAAUUGUUCUUUGAUGUUUUAAAAUUUGGUAUUAAUUUAAUCGCUCUGAUAGUUAUAUAUAAA